AUGGGCUUGGGGCAAGGAGACCUGGUGUUGCGAGACCAGUUCAUCCUGGGCCUUAAAGAAGGACCAGUACGGCAAGAGCUUCGUCGGCAGGUACGAAAAGCCCCCCAGCUCACCUUCGAUGAGGUAAAGAUGGAAGCUUUAGCAUUGGAGGAUGAACAAGGACAGCAAUGGCCUGCUUUCGAGUGUACAGCAGUGAGUAAAACCACACCCGUGAGCUCACACGUGAGAGUCAACGAGCUCUUUAGGAGCAAACAAGUUCGUAAUAGUGAUGAAAUUCCCUGGCUCACUCUGAGGGCAGCGAACGGACUUAACCUCCCGUGGGUAGGGUACAUGGUGGCCGACUUUGAAAUCCAUGGGGUCCGGGUACCUGCACGUGGCAUUGUAGUGGCUAAGGACGAGUGUAUUGGAGCAGACAAAGCCAUCCUAGGGAUGAACGUGAUUACUGACUGUUGGGAAGAACUUUUCACGCAGUACAAGGCCUCCCCCAAACACUCGACGCCACCACUGAGCAGGGAAUGGAACACUGUUUUUAUCGACUGUCAACACAUCCGUGCUGCCGCUAAUGCAGAGCCAUGGCAAGCUACAGCGAGAUUAGCCAGUCGUACUCCUGUAACCAUACCCGCACAAAGUGAAAUGACUGUUUGGGCCAAAAUCCCACGGCCCUCUUCAAACCAGCCAGGCUGUGCGCUGGUAGAACCCCUUGGGGAAGAUGGAGGAGUUGGGGUGGCCAGAGCAUUAGUGACUGUGAGAAAGGCGCGCAUUCCAGUGAGGGUUAGGAAUGUCCAUCCGUAUGCUCUAACGCUCAGCAGGUUCCAGAGGCUGGCGACUGUCUCGGCCGUCGACCCUGACGCGGUGCGGGAUGGGAAGGAGCUCUCCAUUCUGAAUGUGGGUCCUGGAGUCGUGGAGGUUAAUCUGGUCGACACUGCUGAUCCGGACAAACCAGAGGUGAAUGAGACAACUAAUGCCCUUCCCCUCUCUAAAGGAGAUGGACUCACAGAUGAUGAGCAAAGACAAUUGAAUGAACUACUGCGAAGAUGGAGUCAUGUGUUCUCGAUACACGAGGAAGACUAUGGACGAACGGGGGCUGUGAAACACCGGAUUCCCACAGGUGACUCUAACCCCAUUCGUGAGCGAGACUUCCCAGAGCAUCUCCAACACCUGGAGGCAGUAUUCCGCUCCCUGGGGCAGUAUGGCCUUAAGCUCCGCCCAGAGAAGUGCCAGCUUUUCCAGAGGCAGGUCAAGUUUCUAGGACAUGUCGUCAGUAGCCAGGGAGUUUCGGCAGAUCCAGACAAGCGCGCACGCAUAUGUCUUUGUUUGGGUGCGGUGGUCACGGCGUUUGGUGACCGGCUGCCUCCUCUGUGGAGCACGCUUGUGGGCUUGGGCGCCACAGUCUGGGUUGUGCGUGUUUGCAUGUCCUCCUCCUCGACUUCGAGCUGCAGUAAGGACCAGCCAAUAAUCCACCUGGCUCUCCCCCUCCUCCCGCUGUCCGUGCGCACAAGUCUUGCGUUGGCCGGCACGGUUGUCCACGUGCGGUCCCAAGCGGGGGCCGCCGCCCCAGAAAAGAAAUCGUUGUUUUGUCCAUUCAUUGUCCUCAUACACAACACUCACCACUGUGCACUGUCCUCACGGUGCCGUGAAAGGCGCACUCUGAUUCGCCCACGCACCAGCACUGCUGUGGGGCGUCUUCUGCGAGGCGUUCAGGUGCGCUCCGACUAA